UUGGCAGGCGUGUGGGGCAGUCAAGUGGUGGUGCCCCAGAAGGUGAACGCUGUGCUGGGGAAGAAUGUGACAUUGGAGUGCAGGGUGGAGGUGGGUGUGAAUCUUAGCCUCACCCAGAGUUCAUGGGAGCGUCGUCUGCCCUCUGGCUCAGUCACAGUGGCCGUCUACCACCCACAGUUCGGCAUCUCCAUCCCUCCAGAGUUUGUCCACCGCUUGUACUUCCGCUCACCCUCCUCCCAUGAUGCCACCAUCGUACUGGAGGAUGUGGGCUUUGCUGAUGUUGGAGUUUACACCUGCAAGGUGGCUACUUUCCCCCUGGGCAAUACUCAGGCCUCCACCACAGUCAGUGUGCUCGUGGAGCCUAAGGUGUAUGUGUCUGCAGGCCCUGUGGCCCUCAUAGAUGGCGGCAACGAAACCGUGGUGGCCACCUGUAUUGCUGAGCGGGCUCGCCCCCCUGCCGAGGUUUCCUGGGAAUCCAACUUGUUUGGCCAGUCGGAGGUGCAGCUGUUCGAUGAGGCCAACGGUACCACCAGCACACAGGUGCGCUACCUCUGGCAGCCAACGCGCCAUGUCCAGGGUCAUGCUCUCACCUGUGUCGUACGACACCCAGCUUUGCAGGCCGACUUCAGGAUUCCCUACCAGCUCAAUGUGCAGUUUGCCCCUGAUAUCUCAGUUGUGGGCUAUGAUGCAGACUGGUUUGUGGGCCGUGAAAAUGUCCAGUUGACUUGCAAAGCAAAUGCAAAUCCACCAGCCCAUCACUUUAGAUGGAUCAGACUGGACAGUGAAAUGCCAGAGGGGUUGGAAAUAAUAAACAACACAUUGCUCUUCCUGCGUCCCCUCCAGCGGAAUGACUCUGGUGUUUACAGGUGUGAAGCUGCCAAUGACAUCAACCUCCGCAGCAGAGAUGUGCGCAUUCUCGUACAAGAUCCUCCCACCAUGCCCUCCACCAUUACUGCGCCUGCUCUAACCGGUGCUGCCUCCUCCACCUUAGUGGAUGACGAGCACCAGAUCCUCUUCAGCGCCCCGACACUGGAAGCCCUGCCUGAGAGCAAUCUGGGCUCCAUUGUGGGUGGGGCUGUUGGCGGGGCCCUGUUCCUCCUACUGUUGCUGUCUCUGGGGGGCGUCUGUUACCUACGGAAACAGCAAACCUUCCAUGGGAACUACUAUACCAAGCAGUACCUGGGGCCCACUGAUCUCCAAAAAGUCUCCACACAGCACGAGCUCCAGUCCACCAAGACUGGCAAAAGCCCCAACCAUCAGGACCAUGACAGAGAAGAGUGGGGUGACCGCGAGCUCAAACACGAACGUGACCGUGAACGUCAUCACCAUAACAGAGAUGAUUACUCACCUGGUGGCUACACCAGGGCGAUGAGGGAAAGCGGUCAACAUAAUAAUCACCAUAAGCAUCACCACGACCACCCCCAUUAUUGUAGUCCACGGCAGCAUGAGCGUGCCAGGUACCCUCCCCCAACAAAACCGUUGACCAACGGCUCCCCCUACCUGUCAGAUGACUGCUACGACAGUGGGCCUGAGGGAGACUAUGUCUCCCACACCGAUGGCUCAGUCAUCUCUCGUAGGGAGUGGUACGUUUAA